GUUCCCGUCACACUUCUCCUCUCCGUCUUUCAAAUCCCACAAAGCUGUUUGAUUCCUUCUCCGCUUUGCUUUUGCGGUUUCUUUUUCCUUGGCUUCGUUUUACUUUGAUGGCACGGUAUCGCCCCAUUUAUUAUUUCUCCAGAAACGUUCGCCCAUGUUAUAUAUUCCUUCUGCUUUACCAACCUCUCCCCUGUUUCUUUGUUGCCCCAUGUCUCCGCGUUUGCUGAUAACAAUUUCGUAGUCUUUCCCAUUUUCCUCCUUCACCUUUGUCUGACCGGAUGGUUUGUUUAUUCUUUUCUCGCUUUUGGGUUUGAUUUGCUUCUUUGAACCACAAAUCAUAGGCCACGAGUUUCCAGAGAGGCAGUCGGGAUUGUCACGUUUGAAUACCUUCUUGGAAGAGACGAGAGUUUUGCUGUUGUGGUUGUGAUUGCCGUAGAUGGAUACUUAGUUUGUAAUCGAGAGUUGUUGCAGUUGAAGAGGGGUACGGAGAAAUGGACAUAACAGAGGUUACACUGAUACACCAUGUGUGCAUUGUGAUGCUGGUGCUCUGGUUGCUCUGCAAAUGCAAUCUCUGCCAUCCGAUUACCUUCAUCGUCUCCAUCUUCUAUCUGUACUUGGUUCAGGAGAAUUACAUCACGAGAUUAAGGAAGAAGUUACAAUUCGAGGAGAGGAAACAGUCGUAUCAGAGACGGGUGAUGACUGAUUCGGAAACGGUGAGGUGGUUGAACUAUGCAGUGGAGAAGAUAUGGCCUGUGUGUUUGGAACAAAUUUCCUCACAGAAGUUUCUGCUUCCCAUUGUACCCUGGUUCUUGGACAAGUACAAACCAUGGACAGUGAAGGAGGCCUCAAUUCAGCACCUGUACCUUGGAAGCAAACCCCCCUUAUUUACAGAUGUUCGCGUUAUUCGUCAGGCCACUGGUGAUGACCACUUGGUCUUGCAGUUGGGGGUAAAUUUUCUCAGUGCAGAUGAUAUUAGUGCAAUAUUUGCUAUCAAGCUAAGGAAAACAUUUGGAUUUGGAAUGUUGGCGAAAUUGCAUAUGACCGGUAUGCAUGUGGAAGGGAAGGUCCUACUUGGGUUAAAAUUUAUUCCAACCUGGCCUUAUCUUGGACGUUUACGAGUGUGCUUUGCCGAGCCCCCAUUUUUUCAGAUGACUCUGAAGCCUAUGUCCUCGUAUGGGCUUGAUGUGACCGAACUUCCUGGUAUUUCUGGAUGGAUUGAUAAACUUCUUUCUGAUGCAUUUGAGCAAACGCUUGUUGAGCCUAAUAUGCUGGUGGUUGAUGUGGAGAAACUUGUUGCACCUCAACAAGAUGGUAAAUCGCAGCAAGAAACUUGGUUCUCUGUGGAUGUUAAGGAACCUGUGGCUUAUGCCAAAGUGGAAGUCAUAGAAGCAUCUGAGAUGAAACCAUCUGAUUUGAAUGGAUUGGCUGAUCCAUAUGUGAAGGGGAAGUUGGGUCCUUUCAGAUUCAAGACUAAAACACAGAAGAAAACGUUAGCUCCUAAAUGGCACGAGGAAUUCAGGAUUCCCAUCAUCACAUGGGAAAUGCCUAAUGUGCUAACUCUGGAAGUUCUUGACAAGGAUCAUUUCAUCGAUGGUGAUCUCGGAAAUUGCUCUUUAAACAUUAAUGAUCUUAGAGAUGGACAGAGACAUGAUAUGUGGUUACCUCUUCGGAAUAUUAAAAUGGGGAAGUUGCACCUUGGCAUAACUAUACUGGAAGAGAGUGAACAGGGGGAAGUUUUUUUAUAUACUGGGGAGUCAAUCAACAGAGAAGAUAAAGGUGAUUCACUUGCAACUGAUGGAGCUAAUAGAGGUCCCUUGCCAUCUUUAUCGUCACAAGAUUUUUCGAGAUCAGAGGAAGAGUUUGAACCUAUUAAUAUAGAAGGGCUUAAAGAGAUUGGAGUAUGGAUUUAUCACCCGGGGUGCGAGAAAUCACAAAUAUGGGAACCAAGGAAAGGGAAAAGUCGACGCCUGGAUACACGAAUUCACAGGGAGCCUAACGUUGCUCAUUCUAAUGUUGCUGAAUCUGUCAGAAGUGCUGGCAGCAAGAUUAAGGAUGACCGGGAUGAUAAACAUUCGAAGAGCCCACUUUGGAGGGGCAUAGGGAAGAUCGGUUCAGUAUUUCGGAGGAAAUAUAAAGAGGAAGAUUCCAGCGUUGUUGGACAGGGAAUUCCAUCUCCACUUGCUAACAUAAAGGCGGUCAAUUCAAAAGAGAUAGGAGUCAAGUUAGUUCUCGAGGAUGGCCUUUCGGGACCAAUGUCAUCCAAGGUUCCUACAGAGAGAAUUUCGAGUCCUACCAAGAACGAGAACAGAUGCAGUGAGAAGGGAAACAUGAAAGAUAUGGCAAAAAGCUUCCCAAGGCGAGCCGAAAAAUCUGCUCGCAGUGGGAAGCAUGUGUUUCCAAGAAAAGGACCGAGGAGAUCCCAAGGUGACCCUUCGUCAUUGACAGGAACCACUGUCUCCUUGGAAUCAAGUUACUCUGGCGACGAGUCUCUCUUGCCUCCACUCUACAUUUCUAAGGUUGAAGCAAUUCCUAUAGACUCUCCCUCUGCAUCGGCUAGUGGUUCUAGUAAUUUCCCUAAAGCCUGAACACGGAGAAGAGCUUCAGUAGUUUUAUGACUGACCAUAUAAUGAAACACUAUCCUUGUGGGUUCUGUUGCUGGGCCCCAGCAUGACAGUUGCAAUUUAACAGCUCAGGAGAUAUGCAGAUAAUUACUUGAUUGAACCACAGCUCAGACACACAAGCAUUCUGACACUAACAAGAUAAAGUUGGAGGCAUAGAUGAUCAAAUGCCUAGACCCUUGUAGCCAAAUAUGCUCGGUCUAUCAGAGAGGAUUACAAAACGGUUUUUGGCUAGUGUGGAAGAUUCUUGUUGAUGUGUGGGUCUUGUAUAAUUCUGUAAUGUUUUGUCAAUAUUUAGUUUUGUAAAUCAUAUCUGUACCGGUCAUGCAACCAUCCAGUCUAUUAGAGGUUGGCUUUUUACAUCCUCUAUAGCUUCCGUUUAAAUCUUGCUGGCUGAAAUUUUUUGGUGCGGCUGCUACUAAUGUCCUCGUUAG